GCAGGCUGCGGUCUGGCGGCAGCAGGUGCUGCGGGAGUGGGAGGAUGGCGGCGGGGGACGCGGAGCAAGUGCGGUACUGCGGCCGCUUCUCCUACCUCUGCCUCAAGCUCACCCUCAUCACCUACUCCACCACCUUCUGGGUGAUUGGAGCCCUCGUCCUCGCUGUUGGGAUUUAUGCAGAAGUUGAAAGGCAGAAGUACAAAACUCUAGAAAGUGCUUUUCUAGCCCCAGCAAUUAUUUUGAUACUUUUGGGUAUUGUCAUGUUCCUUGUGUCUUUUGUGGGUGUUCUGGCUUCUUUGAGGGACAACUUGUGCCUUCUGCAAGCAUUCAUGUACAUUCUUGGUAUCUGCUUGCUGAUUGAGCUGACUGGUGGAGUGGUAGCCCUGAUCUUCAGAAACCAGACAAUCAACUUUUUGAAUGAUAACAUUAGGAGAGGAAUUGAGAAUUACUAUGAUGAUUUAGACUUCAAGAACAUCAUGGAUUCUGUUCAGAAGCAGUUUAAGUGCUGUGGAGGGGAAGAUUACAGAGACUGGUCACAGAAUGUGUACCACAACUGUGCAGCACCAGGACCACUGGCAUGUGGAGUGCCCUACACCUGCUGUGUCUCAAAUAAGACAGGCAUUAUCAACACUAUGUGUGGAUACAAAACCAUUGACAAAGAGCGCCUGAGCGUUCAGCACGUCAUCUAUGUCCGCGGGUGCACCAACGCUGUGCUGAUUUGGUUUCUGGACAACUACAGCAUCAUGGCUGGCGUGCUGCUGGGCAUAUUGCUGCCCCAGUUCCUGGGAGUGCUGCUGUCCUUACUUUACAUCACCCGGGUGGAAGAUAUCAUCACCGAGCACAAGCUGAGCGAAAGACUCUUUGAAGAGACAGAGCAGAGAUCUGCCCCUGACUUUGCUGGAGCUGGCUGCUGCAUGUGUUACCCAGGGUGACUUCAGAACCCUCAAAGAGGGCUGAAAAAACAAAAGGGGCAAAUCCAGCUGUUCUGGUUUGUGCUGGCUGUGACAGACUGGGGGUGUAAGGAAUCGGCCAGCAGACCGGUGGUGGGUCAGCAGCACGCCCACACCUCUGUGGUCUCCUUGCUCUCCGUGUGUCUGCAGCCAAAGACACAGCAGGAGAGCUCCCUCUGCGCUGCCACCGAUGCUGCUGUGGUAUCGUGGUGCUGCUGGAAGGUGGGCUUGUGGGGCAUGGAAUCUUCUGGGAGGGAUUGCUGAGCGAUGCACAGCCCAGAAAACUCCCCUGGGAAGAUGGGAAGGUAGAUUUCUCCAAAGGAGCCUUUCUGUCUUGGGAUGUCCUAUUUCAGUGAUUGUCCUUCCCAGCUUUGAUUUUCUUACUCCUUCCAAACCAGAUUUCUUACUGGUGAAUAUUAAACAUGUGUUUAAUAGUAAAUUGGGGGGGGGG